AGAAAACCAUAAAGUCCGAUUUUUUUUUUUAAAGAAAAUAAUAUCAAGUAUGAACACUAAAGAUAAUCAAUCAAUAGAAAGUUCAACACCUUCUGCAAAACGUUCUGCUGACAAACAAGAUACAGAUACAGAGGCAGAAAAUGAAACAAAAGAUUACAUGACAAAAAAAGUUAAAUUAGAAGAGCAAGUCACGACUGAAGACGAUCCAGCACCAACAGGAUCUUUAACUAUUAAUGAUCAGUUAUUCGAUGAUUAUAAUGAAGAAUCGGAUCAAGAUUGGGCCUCAGCUGGUUUAAGUAAUGAUGAAAGUGACAGUGAGGCUAGUUUGAUUGAUCAAGGUAUUUUGUCACACCCUGCAUUUCAUGUAGACGAUGAUAGCUUGGCUGAUGUGGAUGUCGAUGGAACCGAUGAAGAAAGUCAAUUUCAACUUGCUUGGGAGCCAUAUACGGAUGAAGAAAAAGAACAACUACAAGAAGAAGCAAGAGAAAAGGGAUUAAUGAAGUUUAUUGAAAAAUAUUUAAUUCAACAAUCAGUUCCUGUACCAAAAAUGCUUGAAGUAUUUAAUAUUUAUAUGCAUCCAAAAGCAGCUGCGUUAGCUUCUGAUAUAGAACUACUCCCUAUCUUAAAGAGUGUGAUUACACGUUUCUUACGUAAAAGACGAAGACUAGAACACAUUAAUACAUUAGAAGAUGUAGCUAAGCUUUUUAAAGAAGCUCAUAACAUUAUGAUCGUAACAGGGGCUGGUGUCUCCGUUUCCUGUGGUAUCCCAGACUUUCGGUCAGAAACAGGCAUCUAUUCAAGACUACAAGAAUAUGAGCUUGAUGAUCCACAACAAAUGUUUGAUAUUGACUAUUUUCGAGAAUCACCAGAAAUUUUUUAUUCUUUUGCCAAAGAACUUUAUCCCGCCAAUUAUCAACCUAGCCCUAGUCAUCUCUUUGUUAAGCUGAUAGAGGACAAGGGCAAAUUGCUUAGAAAUUAUACUCAAAAUAUUGAUACAUUGGAACACAAGGCAAAUAUUAAACGUGUUGUAAACUGUCAUGGUAGCUUUGCUACUGCAACCUGUGUAACUUGUGGAUACAAAGUAGAUGGUACAGAGAUUGAAUCCUAUAUUAUGGCUCAACAAAUACCUCCUUGUCCAAAAUGUUCAAGCAAGAAAUUAGAAAAAGAAGGUACAAAAUCAACGAAAGGAAAUAAUAAGUCUAAAGAAGAAGAAGAAGAUGAUGAUAAUGAUGACCAGCCUUACCAUCAUCAAAAGGGGGUUUCUAUUAUCAAGCCAGAUAUUACAUUUUUCGGUGAACGUCUUCCAGCUGAAUUUGAUAAUUUGCUUGCGAUUGAUACAGAACAAGUUGAUUUACUAAUUGUGAUUGGGUUCAUCGCUCAAAGUAUCACCAGAGAUUGUGAUGUCAUUGUACCUGAAUUGUGUCGCAUGUUAAAUUGGGAUCUUCGACAUUCUAAAUUACCAGGUGGAAGUGCUCUGAGUGUAGAAAGUCGAGAGUCUAGUGUAGAUAAAGAUGGAAAUAAAGUUUGGAAGUAUGUGAGAGAUGGAUUAUAUACGUUCCCGGGAGCUGUAACUGACCCACAAUUUAUAAAUAAUCAAAGAUUAAUAUAA